CCCCACCUUUUCCCAGUUUUCGCGCGGCUAAUCCUGCAGCUGCAUCGCGUGCGCCUGAAAACACGUAUGCGAAUUGCGAGGCGCUGAAAGGAGCUUCUACUGUGCAUCAGUGCAGACUCUCUUCUCGUCUAUUAUGCCCGGAGAGGUUAACAUUUUUUCUUCUCAGCUAUAAAUACUGUAUUAAACGUUAAUCGAAUGCUUGGUGCGCAUCGCUCGGCUGCAAGGCCGUGUCAUAUCAGUGUACGUGAGCUUUUUGACUUUCGAGGCUCGCGUGUAUUUCUGGAAUAGUAUUCAAGUUAUUGAGUGAUAGAUACUGAGUUUUUCUUUGGCCAACUCGAAGAGUUAUGUAGGAUCUCGGUGCGAUGGUCGCAGGUACAGCAACUGGUAUGCCUGGUUCUAUUUACCAUGAGCGGCAGGUAAAAGAGCUAUGUGCAUUACACGCUCUUAACAAUUUAUUUCAAGAGCGCAAAUUUAGUAAGCAAGAACUGGAUCAAAUAUGCUAUAAUUUGAGUCCUGAUGUCUGGAUAAAUCCACAUAAAUCACUUCUCGGACUUGGCAACUAUGACAUAAAUGUCAUAAUGGCAGCUUUACAAAUAAGAGGCUGUGAGGCUGUUUGGUUUGAUAAGCGCAGGGAUCCAGACUGUUUAUGCCUUGAUAAUAUCGAAGGUUUUAUCUUGAAUGUCCCACAUGAGUAUAAAUUUGGUUUUGUGCUGCUACCAGUGAAAAGACGACAUUGGAUUGCAUUGAAAAAAAUUAACGGUGCCUUUUACAAUCUGGACUCCAAGCUGGAUUCUCCUCAGUUAAUUGGAAAAGACAGUGAUUUAUUGACUUACUUAAAAGAACAAAUGGAAAACAAAGAAAAAGAACUGUUUUUAGUUGUGUCGCAAGAAGUAGAAAGCAGACAAGGGUGGUUGACUGAAUCUAGUGAGAAGAAAGACUCAAAUGACAAAAGUGAAGAAUCUAUACAACGUAUUAAAGAAACUGUUUUAGAUAAUGCAAAUACAGAUUUGAAUUUGAAUAAUUCCAAAGAAAACAUUAAUGGAAAUGGUAACAUUCUCAACAACCAAAGUACUAGAUAGUCAAAAUUUGAAUAAUUUAAUUUUUAUGCAAAUCAUACAAUACUGCGUAUUAAAAUAUGCAUUACAAAGAAAAAAAUUGUUAAAUCACAAGUAUAUAAAAAUUUGUAUUCAAUAUAAAUUUGAGGUAACAUUUUCAACUCUGCAUUAGCUAAACUUAUUGCUUUUUGAUAAUUUUAUAUUCAAACUGACAAGAUUUUGUCAAAGUGAUUUCUUCAAUGAUGUUCAAUUGAAUUGACGGUUUAAUAGGAGAAAUAAAAAAUUAUUAAAUAAUGAAACGGUGUUCAUGAUAAACAUACUUUCUAUAAUUUGUAUGAAAUAAAUCUAGAGAGAUAAAUGAAUUUUGAAGAUGUUAGCACAAUGUUUCUGGAUGUAUGCGCGUAAUAAUUUAACUUAUUGUUAAAGCAUUGUAUAUUUGAAGUCAAUACUUUAGAAGAAACUAGGUACAUGUUAAAAAAUUAUACCUAUACAGAAAAUAUGACACUUUGAGGCUUUGGUUUGUACCAAACAAAAAAAUCUUGGUAUAAAUUUGCUUGUGAACUGUUGUAUGUCUAAUAGUACACGUCAAUUUUGCAAAGUUGUAUCUUAAAAUAUUAAGUUUUUUCAUUAAAAUACUGAUUACGUCCUAGUAAUUGUAAAUAAGUACAAUUAUUCUAAAUUCAGAGCAACAGCAUAUUAUUCAAUAUUAACAAUAAAUGUGAUUCACCGCUGUCUAAUCUAUCUCUGAUAAGAAAUAAAUCAUAUAAGCAUAAAUUACUAUAAAGUAAAGAAGUGAAACAUAAAGAUGCACUUCUUGAAAUGAACCAUAGAAGACAAUAUUCGUUUAAAAAACGAAAUUUGAAACUUAAGUACAGUUCAGUCAGUGAUAUAAUUGGAUAAAUACUUUCUUCACUUACACUUUAAUUAUUUCACGUGAUUUUUUGAAAAUUUAUUUUUGUUCACGCUAAAUUGUACUUCAUAGAUAUACAUUUCUAUUGUGGCGCAUAUAUUAUUUGUAACGAGGUACGACCUUCUUAUUUGUAAAUAUCUUUAUUGAUAAUAUAUAUUAUGUGAUAUA